AUGGACACGGAGUUGUCCUCAGAUGCCUUUGCUGGUCGGAAGCGCCCACGCGUGGGCUUAGGCAUUUUCGACUCUGGCUCUGAUACUGAGACAGAGGGACGAGUUACGGCGAAGUGUAAUAGUGCACGUCGCGGGAAGCCCACUUCGAAGGGACGCGGAACUGUCCUAACUCGGGCUAAAGCUGAGCUUAAGGCGAAAGCCGCCGAAGCCAGGGAGGAGGCGUUCGAGCGCUCCUUAAGAAGUCGGGCUUUCCGUAAAAAUGCAACCGAAGUCGUGCUGGACUCUGACGAAUCCUCUUCCUCGGAUGUCCGUAGAGAGGAUCCCAUAAAAUUGGGUGCCGAGGAGCUGCGUGCAGAGGCUGGCCGCAACGCAGCGCUCAUUUUAGAGGUGGCCCAAAAGUCGGGCAAUUUGAAGAGUGGCUUCAUUAAGAAGCUAAAAGAUUUGGCGGCUUCGCUUCAGUGUAUCGUCGAUGCUCUGGCGUCAAGGACUGAAGCGGAGGAGACCCGCAGGCUCCGUGCGGAUAAUGGUCGCCUCCGCAAGGAAAUUGACGACCUAAAGACCGAGCUUAAGGCGCAUCGCCGCGAGUUUACCGAGAUGCGUACCUCGGUAGCAGCGGCGAACGGGUCGGGCACUAGCCCCUUGCAAGAUUUGAAGGCUUUGGAAGAAUUCAGGGCCUCAAUUGUCUCGUCAGUCGGCGUAAUGAUAAACGCCAAGUUGGCGGGAAUUGAGGAGCGCCUCCUUCCUGUGAAGAUACACCGUCCCCCGCUAGCCGCGGACAUAAGGCGGGAUGCGAUGCAGGAAACUGCACCUACGUAUGCGCAGGCCACCCGCCCGGUCCCACCGAAAAAUGCUGCAGCCGUACCCAAGCACGUUCAUCCGUCCGCUCCAUCCAAGCCAGCUGCCUCAGUCGCACCGGCAACACCGAUAGCUGGCCCAUCGAAUAUCUCAACCGCGCCAGAGUUUCAACCACGGGAGGCCCAAGAGACGUCUUGGUCUACCGUGGUCAAGAGAGGAAAGAAGGGGAAGAAAGCUUCCCCGCCAGCCGAAAUCUCCGCUCCAGUUAUCUCAGCGGUGACAAAGACACAAGCGGCCAAGCCAAAGCUGACCGCCCCUCGAACCGCUGCAGUUAUUGUCACGCUGCAACCGGAGGCGGAAGAGAAGGGCGUAACAUACGCACAGGUCCUGGAGCGAGCCGAACAGGGCAUAAAGCUCCAGGACCUCGGGAUCUGUAGCGGACUUAAGAUCCGUCGCUCGGCAACAGGGGCUAGAGUGUUGGAAUUACCAAAAGCACAGUCGGAGCAGGCGGAGAAGCUUGCGGAGAAGCUUCGUACUGUGCUUGACGGGGUGGCCAACGUUGUCCGGCCCAUAAAAAGAGUUGACUUGAAGGUAACGGGGCUCGACGACUCAGUCACCCCAGAGAAGCUGGUUGCGGCAGUCGCACGUGCAGGGGACUGCACGCCUGAGGCAGUCAAGUGUGGAGCGUUGCAGCGUGGACCCGGAUAUAUGGGUAUGGUCCGCAUCACCUGUCCCAUUACGGUGGCGAAGAAGCUGUCCGACGCCGGUCGUCUUCUGGUAGGGUGGAGCUCAGCCAAAGUGUACGUCCUGGAACAGCGCCCUCUGCGCUGUUACAAAUGCAUGGGCGUUGGACACACAAAGAUGCUCUGCCCAUCCAAGGCGGAACGAGGUGGGCUUUGCUUCCGGUGUGGUAUCGAGGGCCACAAGUCUUCGACCUGCACUGGAAAGCUGCACUGUGCAGUAUGUGCGGACGCUGGAAGACCCUCUGGGCACGUGAUGGGCUCGGGAGAGUGUAACCCUCCCUUCACAAAAGGAAAGAUGGUAUUAGGCACUCACACCAUCACCAACGUCGGACGGCGCCAGGCCGAAGAGGAAGCACCCAUGUCAACAUGA